AUGCUUAGCAAACAUGGAGUAGUUAAUGAGCUCGGCUGCCCCAUCGUAAGGAGGGACAUGCCUCCUCUAGUGGCAAUCAGUGAGAGAGCUCCACUGCUCACUACUGCCACCGGCGGGCAGAGGAAUCUCUCGGAAUGGGUUGGCUCUUGCCAGAGAAUUAGGAACCGCCUGGAAAGCAAUGCGGAGCAUUGGAAUGCUCUACUGCUGUCAUUGAGGGAGUUGAUCGAAUGGGUAAUCCGGAAGGACACAGAACUCUCUAGUCUGUCUGUGAUGAGUGCUGACAUCAACUCUCUCAUCAAGCUCCAGGAUGACCAUAGAGCUUUUAGGAGGCAGCUUGAGGAUAAGAAACCUGUUAUCGAAAGCAAUUUGCUCUCAGGACGCCAGUAUGUAGCCAGCGAACCUCCACUCUCAGAUACCAGUGAUACUGAAGGAGAUGCUCGUUAUGGUAAUGCUGAAGCUCGGGAACUCACUAGAUGUAUUCGACGUGAAGUGAAUAAGCUGUCUGACAAGUGGAAUGCCCUCAUUGACAGAUCUGCCAGGUGGCACGACACCCUUGAUGACACACUUACAGCGCUACAACCCAUUAGUGAGGGAAGCCAUCCUCUACUGGUCUCGGUUGUGUCCUACCCUCUUCGAGUUCCGCAUUCUCUGCAUUAUCCUCUUACCAUUGGCUACUCCCACCGUAGUUUCGGCCUUCCAGUUCUUGUUCCACCUAUCUUUCUAUAG